GUACAUAUAUGUGCCAUUGGGCGGCUCUCAUCAUGGUGUGUUCUGGAAAAUCGUCUCCACAGCGCUGGCGUUUGGGUUUGUGUGUUUCUGGCAUGGUUGCCAUGACUAUCUGCAGUACUGGGCCGUGCUAAACUGGGUUGGGGUGUUGGUGGAGAACGUUCUCGCACUCCUCUUUUCCUCUCGUCCUCUUCAUCACGUUAUUGUGCGUUGUCUGUCACCUCGGAUGCAGAGGCGUGGCCUAGCGCUUAUCUCCGCCCUCUCCACUGCUUUUCUGAUUCUGUCCAAUCUGUUUUUUCUGGGUGGGAUCCAUGUGGGCAGAAUCUUCUGGAAGAAGGUGUUUGUCGAAGGUGGGUCAUUUAAAU